CACUCGGCCACUACUGCGCCGUUUAACAAGAUCAGAACCAAAGAUCUUUGAUCAGAACGUUUCAUCCCCUCGCUAUUCACGCUGAGCCAAACACACAGCGCUGGCGGAACUCAGUGGGCCGGGCAGCAUCUGUGAACGGAUUGGACAGGCGAACAGCUGGAAAAGAGAGGUGGGGGCGGGACAAAAGUUGACAAAAGUCUGAAGGAGAGUCCCGACCCAAAAUAUCGCCUAUCCAUGUUCUCCAGAGAUGCUACCUGAUCUGAUGAGUUACUCCAGCACUUUGUGUUUACCUUUGGGGCGGAACAAGUGAUACGUGGAGACAGCAAUGAACCGAAAGAGAAACCUUAUACCAGACAUAUUCCGGAAGGUUAAGAGGCGUAAAUUUGGGAUCGUAGAAGCAUUUGAUUCAUUGGAAAAGAAAGAAACAGAGAAUUAUGAAGAUGUGCCAAACGAUACUAAAGCUGCGCUGAUUUUGCUGGCAUCCUUGUUUCCUCGGAAGUUAUUUGAUGAUUCCCUGCCGCCCAUUGUUCUGAAGCAUCAACUUUACAGCAUUGUUAAAGACAAGACCACAGUCGAUCGGCAGCUGAAUGAGAUGAAGGACGUGGGAGCGGUUCGGAUUUUCCAGUUUGGGUUUGACACGGACGUGUUCGGGGUCGUGUUCAGUGAGGACUACAAGAGUAAAGUUCUGGCAGCGACAGCGGCAAGCGAGACUGCCGAGACGGUGCAGAGGUUUCUGCAGACGGUGCUCGGCGCCUGCAUGGACAUGGGCUUCUCUGAGAAGCAAAUGCUCAAGGAGUUUUCCUUUCGGGACCAAGAAAUAACGCAGCUGGUGAAUGCUGGUGUACUGACAGUGCGUGAUGUGGGGAGCUGGUGGCUUGCUAUUCCGGGCGCUGGCCGAUUUGUGAAAUACUUUGUGAAAGGUCGUAAGACUGUCCUUGGGAUGAUCCGGAAAUCAAAGUACAAUGAAGUGUUACAGUCGGAGCUGGAAGUUCGGAAAGUAACGAACGCGGUGAAGCUGGGGAUCCAGUACCAUGUCCACGACAUUGUUGGAGCAGAGCUGGUGAAAUGCAUCCCGACGUCCAGUGGAACUUUACUGCGCUUGAACAACACUUGACCAUUAGCAAACCCACAAUUAGACCAUUCCUGGACGACAGAUGCACUUGGCAAGGAUGUCACAGACCCCAGAAAAGCGCUGGAAACUGGGACGCACUUGCGAAAGGAGGGAUAAAGGAUACUCCAUGGAACGUGGAAUGCCUAAAGAAUGAAUUAAAUGUUGUGGCCUUUAAUUAAUUGCCAAUUUGAUGAAAUCAAAAUAAUAUUUAUUUAUAUGAAAUAUAUCUAAAUCAAUUUCCUUUUAAGAUUCAUUGGUAAUUAAAUCAAGUUAUUUUAGUUUUCUGCUUAUUUUGAUGAAAUAAAUUAUCUGCAAUAAA